UUUUAAGAAGUAUGAUAAAAUCUAGAAAGUUAUUAUAUCCAUAUCUAGUGGGCUUCUGUUUUUGCUGUCGCCCUCGAUUUGAAAGCACCACACCAGCCAAACAAUUAUUUUUUCUUUUGAAUCGCGAUGAGCUACACAAACCUCCUGCGCCAUCAGAAUGUGGUGGAUGACUGCCAGCGGGUGAGCUGCAACCGCAGUCCGCCGGUCGCUGUCAGCGGGCGCUGUGUGAUCAGCCGGGACAUCGUGAUCGGCUGCCGCAUGGAGCAGUGCGACCCGGACAUGCCCUACAUGCUGGAGCCGACAUGGGGCGUCUACCUGCGCCCAGGCCGCGAUGGCGCCGACCUGUCGCGGUUCGUGCGACGCGUCACCUUCAAGAUGUCGCCGCGACUGCCGCUGCGACUGCACGUGGCGGACAGCGCGCCGUUCGAGAUUGGCGAGGUCCUGGGCAGCGACUUUCCAUUGGAGGUGCAGGUGGAGUACACGGAUGCCCGCAUGUCGGCCACCUCGUACAUCUUCCGGCCGCGCGUGGUGCGCGAGGGUCACGCCGGUAUCUGCGAGGAGAUGCUCGACAAGAUGAUAUUCGUCAAUCCCUCACCCAUGAUGAGACAGAACCUGACGGCCGUGCUCGUGCCCAGUGCGAAUGGUCCGCCCAGGGCAUCGCCCCAGUUCGCAAUGGAUUCCGCCGUGCCGCAGGCACCGGGUGAGCAAAAGGAACAGGACCGGGAUCGGGAGCAGGUGGGCGAUGUGGCGCGACCCUCGCAGACGCGGGCAAAGCAGCCCAAGAACCGCCUAAAUGUGGGCAUACCUCACCCCCAACAGUAGUAUACAUUGG